AUGGUCAAUUGUGACAAACGGGGCCUCUUUGGAGAAAAUGCCGAAAAGAGAGUUCCACAUACUCAGGAGAGGAAAAAGGCACUGCAAGGACUCAAGCCUAUGAAAAGACAGGCUAAACGUCUAUGUUCUGUAGUAAUUGCUAGUGGGGAUUUCAAAAGUGAAGCCUUUACUGGUGUAUCUCACUCUGAAAAUCCUGUGUUUUCUAGAAAAAAGUGUCAUCAAUGUGGGUUCAGCAGACCCAUCCCACCUCGGGGUGGCAACGCUCUCACGACCAAGCACGCAGGAGUUGGGUCACAGCUCCCAGCACCUUUUGUGCUUCCUGAGAACUCUCGUGACCGAGGAGGAAAUGGGGAGGGUGAGAAGAGGACCCCAGAGCUGCUGGGGAUUAACACUCACACCUCCAGCUAUAGGGCUGGGCACACCUUUGACAGCACUCCACUGGAUACAUUUCGCUCCAACACUGAGCUGAAAAUUAAUACCAUCAGUCCUCUCAAGCUCAACAGUAGUGGUCACAUUCCUAAUGGCUCAGUGAAUGGCCACACACUGAGAAAUGGCAGUGUGCACAAUGGUUCACUUUCUUUAGCUAUUCAUGGAAGAAGUGUAUUUGAUACUGAAGCUGAUGUUGAUAUAGCAAGUGUUGCAGCUCAACGAGACCAGUUGAGAGGUACCAGGAGUAUACGUGGAAUGAUGGCGCCGGUUAUGAGUAAGGAGGAGGAAUCACAUUCGAGGAGUGCCAACCGACGAAUGAGUCUCAAUAAACAACAUGGUGAAUCCGUCCUUGGAGAUCAUGAAUCUAAAGAUAUUGCGUUUUCAUCCACUGAAACUAAAGAGAAUGGAGAUAAAAGUGAUGUGCUUGGAAAUCUUGUAGGAAACAGGAGUGGAACCAAAAUUAACAACCAUGUACAUGGUUUGCGUAUUGGUAUAGGGGAAAUUGGUUUGAGACCACGUGGGGAUUAUCUAGAUGCUACUAGAUUUGGUGAUAUAAUGGUUCAGUCUAUGAGAAGACAAAGUUUGAGAGGCUCUAAACAGAGUCUAUUAGAUGGAAACUAUGGGAGUUUAGAGUCUAAUACAAGUUCAAGAAUGAGUAUGGGAACAGCUAGUCCAGAUGGUGACAAAUAUCCAGUUUCUGAGCAGGGUUAUGCUGAAAUGAAAAGAAAAUCCCAGCUGAAGUUUCUACCUAGUGCCCAUGAGGAUAUCCAGAUCCUCAAUCUGCAAGGCUUCAUGGAUGCCUCAGGAGCUACAGUUGAUGGAGGCAGCACCAGUAAGCGAAAACAUAAGAAGAAGAGAAAUAAGAGAUCUGUAGAUUCUGGGAACAUAGAUAAAGGAAGAGAAACAUAUAAACUCAAUGCAAAAUCCCGAAGAAAGAGAAAUCACAGACAUUUGAAGAGUCAUUUAAGUGAUGAUGAUGAAGAGAUGAUGUUAAAAGAUAUUGACGAUAUUGAUAAUAAAGUAGCAGGACUUGUUUUAGGGCCAGAAAAUGUAAAUAAAGAAUCUACUGGACAACCCAUCACCUUGGAUGAAGCCAGCAACCUAAGACAUAUUCUUACCGGAAGUCCUGCCCAGCCUCUUCCAACAGAAUGGUUGUCUCAAAAUUUUAAACAAAAUACCAAUCCAAAUUUAUCUUAUGGGCUCAUCCAAAAAAAGGGUGGCCCAUGUGGAGUACUGGCAUGUGUUCAGGCAUAUAUGAUGAAGUGUUUGAUAUUUGGCACAACUGUAGCUCCCAACACAAGUCCCAUAAGUCCACUGAGACCAUCAGAGAGAGAGUGGUUGUGGGCCUUAGGUGUAGCAAUCACAGAGAUACUCUGGAAAGCUGGCCAGGAACAGAAGGCAGUGCUGGCUUUGCCUGGUUCUUUUGCUCAUUUUACUGAGCAUGGUAUUGGUCGCUACAGCCAAGAUGGAAUGACUGAGUCUCUCACUUUGCAUGAGUUUGUGGAGCUGCAAGACCUUUAUGAUGCUGUAACUCGAUAUAUCUCGGCUUUCACCUCAGAGAAUAGUUCAGGAUGUGUCAUUCUGCUGUAUUCUCUGAUAUUUACCAGAGGCAUACAAAACAUUCAGACUGAUAUGGAUGAAGGUGGAGGACAUCUUAUAAGUGCACAUGGAUAUUCUUCCCAAGAAAUUGUUAAUCUCCUUCUGACUGGAAGAGCUUUUACUAACACUUUCAAUGGAGAUCAGACUUUAGGAAAUAAUGCUGGGCAAUCACUUGUACUUCAUGGAAUCACCCAUAAAGCAGAAAUUGGUCUUCUUUCACUUUUUGAACACUAUGAUUGUUUCAAGGUAGGUAAAGUAUGUAUAAGCGAAAGAGUAUUUAUUAUAAAAAUUGGCAGAAUGCUGUAUGUUUAUUUCUUCAAAACAGAAUAAUUCUUUUAAAGAAAC